AUGAAGCGAAUCUUUUCAGGUGAUAACAACGCAGAAGAUUCCUCCACCAGCAACCCGGGAUUAAUGAGCCCAUCGAAUUUUGGUGUUGGGUUCGGAUCCCGUCUGAAAGUGAAUACAACUUCGAAAAAGAAAGUUAACGAUUUAUCGCCAACUUCACCCUUGGAAACCUCACCUGUAUCGCCCGAAUUAGUGCCGAUUUUAACACUGCUAAAUGCACAUACACAUAGGAGGUAUCAUGAAGGCGUAUUUUUGAUUCUACAAGAUCUGAAGAACGAUGGCACUCACGCAGCCAGGAAAUGGAAGGACGUGUAUGGAGUCUUGUUAGGUACUCAACUAGCCCUAUGGAAUGCAAAGGAACUGGCUGAAUUUAGCGAGCCAUCUUGCCCUGUCUCUGAAAAGAAAUUGAAAGAAAUCGCUUCCAAACCUACCUAUAUAAAUUUGACAGAUGCAACAUUAAAAACUCUAGAUAACUCCGACAAUAUUGUCAUGGAAAGUGGAAAAAAUCUGACUAAUGCCUUGGUUGUUUCCACGACGUUGAAAAAUCGAUACUUCUUACAGUUCGGUAACAAAGAGUCUUUCAACAAAUGGAAUGCUGCCGUUCGCUUGUGUCUGUACGAAUGUUCUUCGCUACAAGAGGCUUACACAGGUGCGUUUAUUUCAAGUAGAGGCGCGAAACUAGGAGAUAUCAGGAUCCUGCUUACCAAUAGGAAAUAUGAUUAUAAGGAUUGGGUUAGUGUUAGGUUCGGCGCAGGCAUGCCUUGGAAGCGUUGCUAUGCGGUAAUCUCGCAAUCUAGCAAUAAGAAAAAGGGUAAUUUUGGUGAAAUAAACCUCUACGAAAGCGACAAAAAAGUGAAAAAAAAUCAUGCAAUGGCCACCAUUGUAGAGGCGAAGGCACUUUAUGCUGUUUAUCCGUCCUCCCCAAAACUGAUAGAUUCUUCCACAAUCAUCAAAGUUGAGGGAUCUGUAAAAUUUGAAAAAAAGGAAACCGCUCAGGAAAAGGAUGUCUUUAUUAUGCCCGAAAAACAUCAAGCUGUUCCAAGUUACGACACUAUUAUUCGGUUUUUAAUACCUGCCAUGGAUACAUUCAAAUUGUACGGUAGACCCGAGAAAUUACUAUCAAGCAGGAACGAUUCACAUUCUCUGUUGUUUGGAUUACCAGUUUUGCCGCACAUAUAUUACCUAGAAGUUGAAGAUUUGUACCCUUUAACUAAUUCCGUAUCAAGCCUGCAUUGGUCCAAUAAAGAAUGGAGAGAACAUAUUAGUGAACUCUUACAAAGAAAGUUAGCUCAGGGCUAUUCUGGAUGCAAUUCCGCUUCCAAUAUCACUUCCCCACUACCUUCUCCAUUCCUUGGCUCAGCUGAUUUGUUUGAAAGAGCUGAUGGAGUGUUGUCACCUAAGCUUUCUUUUGGGUCUAAAUCCUCCUCAAAUAAUAGCUCAAAGAAUAGUUUGCUAAAAAAAGAACGUACCAGAUUAGUGCCCUCAGCUGAUUAUGACCUCGAUGCUGUCAAACAUGGCAGUCCACCCUUUGGAAGCCCGCAAAAGGUUAUCACGCCUACUGAUGGCUCUUUCAGGAUGAGGGUGACAGAAAGUUCGCCAUACGGUAAGCCAAGACAACCCAAAUCCUUUAUACCAUCUUUAGAUGAUUCGCCAUCGGACAGAGCUAAAUCAAGAACACAUCCUUAUAUUGAUAGUAAUGACACGAAUCAGGCCGCCCAUGAAAAAGCUGAAAGAAGAGACAUGAAUUCAAAUGACACUUCUUGUGAUAGCGGUGUUGAUUCAAGCCUGAAAAAAAUCCGGAAUAUGAAGUUAGAUAUUACUGAGUCAAAUUUUGACAAGUUUAAAAGUGACAAGAAUCUGCUGUCUGUAGAUUCCAAACUUUCUAAUGAAAAGAAACUCUCCGUGGAAUCGGAUCUAUCCGCAAUAUAUGAAAAGUAUUCCAACGGUCCCUUUGGUCAUACUGAAGGGCUCGAUGGUUCUUCCGAUGAAGCCUACUUGCGUUUCCAACGGGCGUCUGUCCAUUCAGAAGAUGCCUACAAUUCAAGAAAAUCCUUUACAACAAGUGACUUUGCUGAUAACAGUCAGGAUGAUCAUGCCGUCUUGCAAGAAUUUAAUAGUUUAACACAAAGAAUCAACGAACUUGGUAUGGAGAGCAUAAACUCGAAUCCAGAUUCAGAUGGAAUGAACGGAUCAUUUUUACAAGCCAAGAUGGACAACGAUGAUAACGAAGAUGAUCUGAAUUUCUUCGAUCCAGACUUUAUGGCACAAGAUCAACUACGGGCCGAAGAAAGAGACUAUAAUAAGGACGGUAGAGUUCCUCAAUCCUUGACACCCAGGGACUCUGAACCUGCCGGGUUAGGCAUAAUCCCUGAUGAUAACAUCGAAAAACAGCACAUGACGGAACAUAGAUCACCGCAUGUGAUGCAAAGACGGUCUCCAGAGAAAUCCUUCAACACUUUACAAAUGAAUAACCCCUACGCCAAGCCUGGCACAAAGUUGAAGAAUUCCUCUGGCAGAACUGAUGGUAAAAGUCCAUCAAAGGGCUACCAGUCGACGCCGGACCAGCAAAUGUCGUCUUACAUGCAACCAACUCACAACAAUGGUAAUGGUGAAAUGCAUGGCGCAAACAGCCAAGCAAUGGGCUCGCCCAGGAACGCGAGGGCAAGAGAACCACCGGUUCCGUACAAUCAAGGCCGGAAUAACCGUUCUUCUCCCUCAAAUCCUUACCAACGUCCUCACCCUCCUGCUCCGCAACCGCAGCCGCAACCUCAGCAUCCUUUUGCAAAUCCAUACGUAACAGGGAACAGGCCGAACGUGCAAAUGCAAUAUUCCCCUCAAAUAGCUGCACAGUAUCAUCCUCAGAACGCAAAUUUUCCGCCAGGACCACAUCAAGUACCCCUUCCCGUUCCCAUGCCCCAGCAAGGCGGCCGCCCGUACCAACCUUAUGCGAUGAACGCACCUAUGUGCUCUUCCGGUGGAUACACAGGAGCAAUGCCGCCACCACCACUUCAACCAGGUAGCAUGAACUAUAACAAUAGAUCUCAACAGCCGUGGCCAUCUGCCAGCUCACCAUCUAACCUCCAGCGUCCACUGCCCAACAUGAACCAGCCUCAAGGAAACGGUAGUGCUGGCUUCUAUCGUUCUCCAGCACCACAACCGAACAAUUCUCGAGUUCGCUUGCAGAAGAAAGACGGAUUCUCACGGUUCAUGCCGUCCGCCACUACGAAGAACCCCUAUGCCCAGUAG